UCAUGGAAGAUAAAGUGGCAAUCUAAUCCUCUUAUCUUUUUUUGCUUUACAUCUUCUUUAAUCAAUCAUGAAAGUGAGUUGCUACUCCUUGUGAUUCUUAUUAAUUAGUUUUCUACUAACUAGAACUUUCUGAAAAUCCAUUGAUAAUGGAAUCAUCACUGAGUCAUUAUGCAGACAUGAUGAUGUGAUGGUCAUCUUGUUCAUAUCUUAAUUCAUAAGGAAACAAUCAAGUUAAAACCCUCCACAGACUGACCAGUGCAGGCUGCAGAGUGCAGAGGAAUGUAUGUAACAAGGCCUCUUUCCUGGUACCGGAAGCAUCCGAGUAAUCUGUCAACAAAGCCGGAGGAACCAUUCUCAGGCUAUCUAGUUAUAACAGAUGAAGAAGCACAAGCAGAAGAUUCAUUUUGUUUUGGUAUGUGCAGGAGAAGGGGUGUUCCAAAGCUACCAUUUCCUCAAGACAAGCUACUGACUGUUUAUCAUUUAUCUGGGAUGGAUGAGACCAUGCGUACUAAGGUCUGGUUCCUUCCAGUUCUCGGUCAGCCUCUGUCGUCUAACCGAUACUAUGCCAUCAAAGCCAAAGGCAGAUACAAAGGGCAAGUAUGCAAAUGUUCAAAGGAGGCAGAAAUGGGGUUAUGCUGCUUCGGCAAUUACAUCAAUGACAAAAGGCCAAGACCUUUUGAUCACAGAGACAUAUACCAACAAGUCAAGAUUAAUCGCCAUUAUCGACACACAUUCUUCGCCAACUCUGUUGCUCCUGAUGGGAUUCCUCCGAAGUUUCUAAAGAAAAAAGGGUGGAAAGUUCGAAGCUCUAAAUCAUACCAAUCCGAACUUAUCGAAGCUUUGGGCCUCGAUGUCACUGCCAGGUCACUUCUUCCAAGUCUUGAUUUCCCUAUCUAUAACAAACACUCCCAUUCUGUUGUUGUAGGAAAAUGGUGUUGCCCAUUUGUGUUUGUAAGGGAGGAGUACAGGCUAAGAGAGCAAAUGAAGAGGUCCUUGCUAUACAAAAUGACUCUUGAGCAAAAGUGGGAAGAGAUAUUUUCAUGCCAAAAUGUGAACAAUGAGAGUAGAGUGAAUGUAGAUGUGGAUGUGCAAAGAAAGGUGAAUUUGGUGUUUGGGAUGGAAGCUCUGAAGGAGAAUAGGAAUGAUGAAGGUGGGUUUGUUUGGUAUAGAGGUCGAAAUCGAUUCAACGGGAGAGGUGUGAGAUUGGGAUUAAGUUCAGCAAUUGUUGAGAAAAUGAAGUGGGUGGAAGAGGUGGGAGGGUUUGUUGAUGGCGGAGAAAGGGUUGUUAGAGUGGAGAGAAGAGAAGAGAUUGAUAGUGAGAGAGUAUGGAGAAGAUUUGCGUGUUAUGUGUUGGUGGAGAGUUUCAUUCUAAGGAGAUGGGAUGGAACUUUGAUCAUGAAGACUCAAUUCAGGCACACCAACCAUAUUCAAUGCAAAUGGGAUUAAGGGCUUAAGGACAGUUUCGACAUUAUUUCAUCAGGGGUGGUCGAGUUGACUGAGAACUUAAACGAACCUUUCAUCUUAUGAUGUGUAUAAAGAGUGAGUAUUGAUCAUGUACCAAUCCUGUUUUUAUACAGAGAAAAGAGAAUGUCUAUGUAAGAACACUCAUAUGAUACUAUACCAUUAUGGACUAUAAAGCAACGAUGGGCAUAGAGAUGAACAAUUCUGUUAUAUAAGUGUUUGUUACUACUUUGUUCCCCUGUUUAUAUGAUUAUAUA